GCUCCUGUCUGCACAGUCAGUCAGUUCAACGGAUUCCUGAGCGCGUGCAGCACUGCGCAGCGCGAGCCAUACAGAUCUCAUUAUCGGACUGUUGCAUGAUGCUUUUACACUCGGACUUUCCUCACGCACAAAAAAACGGAUUAACGGAGAUUUAAAGCUUUGCCUGGAGAACUGGAUUUAAAAUAAGAUUAACUUUUGGAUUACUUUGGCAUUUGGUUGGCGUCGGUCUAUAUUUGAUAAGAUAUAGGAAAGGUGGUAAAUAAGUGAAGAAGGCAGAAAAAAAGUAAUAAUUGGCAUGGCUUUUGCCUUUUAAUUGUACCAGUGCCAAAAAGCCUUGCACCUGCAUCAGUCCCUUCUGCUCGAGCUGGAUCUUAUUCUUCAGCAUGAAGCAAACAUCCCAUUCACUUCAUCUCUGUAUCUUCACAUUCCUGCUUCUGUCAAAGGAGUGCACUGGAAUCAGAUGGCUGUCACUAGCGCAGACCACACAGCACAUCAACAAGACCCAGAAUUGCAAGACGUUGCCAGGUCUCGUCUCUUCUCAGGCCCAGCUCUGUAGGAGCAACCUGGAACUCAUGCAAACUAUCAUCCAAGCUGCAAGGGAGGUUAAAAAGGUCUGCCAGAAAACCUUUACAGACAUGCGCUGGAACUGUUCCUCUAUUGAUGCUCCUAAAUUCCUCCCAGACCUGGAGCGAGGAACAAGGGAAUCGGCAUUCGUCUACGCGCUCUCCGCAGCAGCCAUAAGUCACACUAUAGCACGCGCGUGCACCUCAGGAGAUCUGAGGUUGUGCACCUGCGGUCCGAUUCCUGGUGAAAUACCCGAGCCGGGUUAUAGAUGGGGCGGGUGUGCUGAUAACCUGCACUAUGGUCUUCUCAUGGGCUCCAAGUUUUCAGAUGCCCCCAUGAAGAUGAAAAAGAAAACGGGUUCGAAUGCCAAUAAGCUGAUGCAUCUCCACAACAGUGAAGUUGGCAGACAGGCUUUGCGAGACGCUCUGGUCAUGAAGUGCAAAUGCCACGGUGUUUCCGGUUCCUGCUCCAUUCGGACCUGUUGGAGAGGCCUACAGGACCUGAAGGACAUCGCUUUGGAUUUGAAGACCAAGUACUUGUCAGCCACCAAGGUGGUCCAUCGGCCCAUGGGCACACGGAAGCAACUCGUCCCUAAAGAUAUCGACAUCCGGCCGGUUCGAGAGAAUGAGCUGGUCUAUCUGCAAAGUUCACCGGAUUACUGCAUGAAGAAUGACAAGAUGGGAUCUUUCGGUACACAGGACAGGCAGUGCAAUAAAACCUCCAAUGGCAGUGACAGCUGUGAUCUGAUGUGUUGUGGCAGAGGAUACAACCCUUACUCCGAGAGAGUGGUUGAACGGUGCCACUGCAAAUAUCACUGGUGCUGCUACGUCACGUGCAAAAAGUGCGAGCGGACUGUGGAGAGAUACGUAUGCAAAUGAGUCGGCCUGCAGUCAUCACCACCAGCCACGCCAAUCCCCGUCAAUCCCCGUCACGUCACCCUCGUGCCUAUUAUCAACCAAUCAGACCUGGAACACUGCUGGUUAUACCUGAUCAUUUAACAAAACUGCAGAAUUCUCAGACCACAGAUAACCAAAGCACUAUGUUACCAACAAGGCUUACAUUUGUGUUAUGCUUUUCCAGCUUGUAUACUUUAAAGAAGAAAUGAUUUAUUUUCGGUUUUAUGAACAUUUAUAGAGAAGCAAUAAUUCAAAAAUGGAAUUUUUCAGUGCACAAAUCAACAUGGUUUUGUCGAAAAUACCCAGCUGUUGGUCACCGUCCUCAAGAGAAUAUUGUCUCUGUUAUUUUCUCUGUUAUUUUUUGCAUAGAAACAUAUGCUUCUUUAUCUGGAUCUUGCAAAGUUUAUUUUUGUUACACAGUACCCGAGUCGCUUUUUUGCAAAGAAAAUUGAUCCGAAAAGGAUUCCACAUUCCGAGUUCUAAGGGAUUCAGGCCUCGGUACUCUGCUUUCACAAGUUAAGACUGAAAACACGAAGAAAGUGUUGAACAUGAAAGGGAACUUGAAAUACGGCUAAUGGAUGAGGAACUGUGCAAUGGCUUCCAUCUGCUGGGUCUGAUACUUCAGUUCUAAGCUGUUAGAGGAGAAAUACCUGCAUUUAUUCCACAUAUACGAGCAAGGACAUUGGAUGUGUUGUGCCUUGUUCCAUUUUUACUCAAAAUCAAACGUGCAGGGGUUCAAAUCUCGAACCUCUCUGAGGAUGAGAAUAGAGUAUAUGGGUCAGCCUUCAUGAACCACUUAUUUGUGGAUGUACAUACUGUCAUUUUUGUAUGCUGAAUUAAAAAAAGAAAUAUUUAUAAACUAAUUAAAAAUCUUUACCAUUUAAAA